GAGUAACGUUAGUCCUGAAGAAUCACGGUGACGUAUAUUAUGAGACCACAUUUCUAUAUGUUAUACGGAUCCAUUGUGGGGUACUGCAAACAGAAGACACCAUCUUCUUAAAACAAAAUUUUUUGAAUGUACUUGUGAUCGAUGCAAGGAUCCCACAGAAUUUGGAACAAUGUUUAAUGCUUUAAAGUGCAAUCGAAUGAAUUGUCCAGGAUACAUGUUACCAAAAACUUUUUUUGAACAGGAACAGGAUUAUAUAUGCAAAAUUUGUGAAUCAAUUGUUCCUUAUGCGGAAAUUGAAAAAAUAUUAGAAAAUAUUGGUAUAUACCUUUCAACCAUGAAGAAAAAUGACAUUAUUGCAUGUAACGAAUUUAUAAGUCGUUACGAAAGUACUCUCCACCCAAAUCAUUUUUACAACAUUGAUGUAACGAUUGCUCUGGCUCAAUUGAUUGGACAACAAACUGGAGGAUUAGCAGCAGUAGAAAAAGAUCUUCUCAUCGAGAAAAUAGAAUUAUGCAAAAAACUGGAUAAAUUGCUCAAGACACUCGUUCCUGCUGAAAAUCGAAUUCGAGGCCUGAUUCUUUUCGAAUUACAUGCAGCCCACGCACACCUUAGUAGGAGACAUACAGAAAUGGAGAUUUUAGUGCCAUUAUUGGUAAGAUGAAAUAUCAAAUUUGACACAUACUUAAAUAAUACUACAUAUUUAAAUAAUAAUAUAUAUGUCGAUGAUGAAAGGACACCGGAGCCUUCCCUUUAGAAUUUUGGGAAAGUCCCUUAACACUUUAAUCUAGAUUCUACCAUAGCCGUAAUUAAGCAAUUGUCGUCAUUCAAUCCGACUGUGUUUGUUCGGGAUU